AUGGAGCAAAACGAAACAAAACCUGUCCAAAGUGCUUGGAAGAUUCCCAAGACUUCUGCUAAUAGAUCUGCUAGUCCCAUAUCAGCAACGAAUAAAUCAAGUAAUGCCAACGGCGACUCCCGUAGCGACAAGAAUAGUUCAUCACCAGCUUCCAAUUCCCCUACUACGUCGGCAAAUUUAGUUUCAUAUAAUAACAAUCAAAGCUGGAAAGUUGUUGGAAGUCCGCCUACCAAUGUGAUCCGAUCUAUCCCACCAAGUCCAGAUGGAGAUAACCAAGAUCCAAAAUCGCGUAGAGGGUCAAGCAAUCAAAGCACUCCUCGAUAUUUAAAUGGAGGUGUUGAUCUAACAUCAAGACUGGUUCCUUCAAAUUCACCUCCAUUAAAAAAUCAACAAGGCAUCCCUAAUGGAAAUGCUGAUUCCACAAAUGGUGGUAAAUGGGGUGCUUUAGGCUUGCAGUGGCCUGGUCCCACUUCAAUUUGGACUGAAAAAAAUUCUCCACAAUCUGGUAAACAAGGUCCACGUACAUCUUCAACUCCUCCACCUCCUACAAAAAGUGAGGAUGUAAACAGUAAUUCAUCAUAUGAAAGAGAUAUCAAUUCACCUCCAGGUAUCUCCGGGAAUUUACCUGUUCCAGUACCUCCAAAUCCACAAUAUCGAACACACCGAAGUCUCUCUUUUUCAGUCGGACAACAUGAUACCGAUUUAUUUGGUUUUGCACCCACAACAAAUCGUCGUGAUAGUGAAGGUGGAUUGCGUUUUGCAUAUCGACACUCUUUACCAGUAAUGGAAGAAGAAACCGAUGAUUUUUCACAAUUUAAUAUGAAAUUCCGUGCACGAUCAAAAUCUUCCGCAGCAGCAUAUGGAGUAAUUUCGGGUCAUCCUGAUCUUUCUCAUAAUGAUGAUCUUAGUGAGCAAUAUUCGGAAUCAGGUUCAAUCUGGAACAAUCAAGGACCCCAAAAUGAUGGACCUAUUCUUCAUCACAGACGUUCAGUACCUGGAACAUCCGAUUACGGAAUGUGGGAUAGUUUGAAUUCAUCCAGACAACCCGCACCAUCAUCUUCGUACUUAUCAGUGUUGCCUGGUUUAUCAACUGCAGAUCGGGAUCGGUUAAGACAACGACGUUUCUCUCAUUCACAAGUACCUACAUAUGGAAAUGAAUAUCAGUAUAUGGAUGGUAAUCAGGAUUUACGGAUGUUAAAUCAUCGGGCUCCCACGGCAAUUGAUUCAUCAUUUGCUCACCUUGUGCAAAGACGUCAUUCAGUUGCAGGACCAGCAAUGUCAUUUUCAUCUAAUCAACCAACUAGAUAUAUAUCGGAUGCUUUGGAAUCACUCCAUUUAAAUAAUGUACCGCAAGCAACAUAUACCAAUGAUACUGGAUAUGCGAGUAUUCCGGAAGAUAUUGAUGAUUAUUUUGAUAAUGAUGAACAUCGAACACGAGCGUGGAAUGAACUUGGAAAAGGUCUUCCUCUCCAUGCAGUUCCUUCACAUGGACCUUUAUUUCUUGUUGAGUUUAAAGCAGGUCGAACAGAUCUGUUUUAUGUUGCAGAAAAUAGUGGGAACAUGGUUAAAAAAGGAGAUCUAGUGAUAGUUGAGGCGGACCGAGGCAAAGACUUGGGAAAAGUAACCAAUGAUUCAAUUAUGCCUCAUCAAGUACAAUUAUUACAACAACAACAAGCUGAUAAUAUGGGGGAUGGGCAUCGUAUGAAUAAAGAAAUUCAUCCCAAACGUAUUUAUCGAUUGGCACAACCAGCAGAGGUUACAAUGCUAGUUACGAAAAGUCAAGAUGAAGCAAAAGCUAUGUUAGUUUGUCAAACUAAAGUUCGGCAAAAGAAAUUACCUAUGGAAGUUGUUGAUGCCGAAUAUCAAUGGGAUCGACGUAAACUCACUUUCUAUUUCAUCGCUGAGCGUCGCAUUGAUUUCCGUGAAUUGGUCCGUGACCUAUUCAAAAUUUACAAGACGCGUAUUUGGAUGUGUGCCGUAAAUCCUAUGAUGAAUAAGUCUAAGAAAUGA